UACUAGAUACGGAAUAGUCAGAUCCAAAGCGGGCAAGAUUGGUGUGUUGAUGGCUUCUUAGCUCAAAAAUGUAUUUUCCUGAGCCCACAGAACUACCAUAAGACCCCAAGAAAAGGCACAGCUGCCUUAAGGAGUAGUCAGCAGGUACAACAAGGGUGCCUGAACUGGAUGCACAGCAGUGUUGUUAGUUUUGGAUCAAAGUAUCGCGCAUCUCUAUUUAAUAGCAGAAAUGUGGGAGGUAUGUGGCAUUAUUAAACUCUGUCAUUUCCUUGCAAAGCAGUAUUUUAAUAACAUUUGUUAAUCUCCUUUCUACCACAGACUAUUCAGGUGCUGCUCUGUAGUUGGCUUCUCCUCUCCUUUCCUUAUUUUCUCAUUUACUCUUUUCCAAGGAUGAAUUUUACCUAAAAUAGUAGGUACAGCAAUGAAAACUGUUCUUCAGUUUGUCUUACCUCUUCCCUCCCUGUCUUUUCUACAGUGGGAGCUGGCGAAGUUGCUAACUUUGCUGCAUAUGCAUUUGCACCAGCUACAUUGGUGACCCCAUUGGGAGCUCUCAGUGUUCUCGUAAGUGCCAUUCUUUCAUCAUACUUCUUAAAUGAAAAGCUUAAUCUACAUGGAAAAAUUGGGUGUUUGUUAAGCAUACUUGGUUCAACUGUGAUGGUCAUUCAUGCACCCCAAGAAGAGGAAGUUGAAACCUUGAAUGAAAUCUCCCACAAGCUAGGCGAUCCAGGUUUUGUGGUCUUUGCAACACUCAUUGUCAUUGUAUCCUUGAUCAUGAUCUUUGUAGUGGGACCCCGGCAUGGGCAGACCAACAUUCUCGUGUACAUAACAAUUUGCUCAGUCAUUGGAGCUUUAUCUGUAUCCUGUGUAAAAGGUUUGGGCAUUGCUAUAAAGGAACUUUUUGCUGGACAACCUGUGCUGAAACAUCCGUUGGCCUGGAUUCUGCUGCUAAGUCUUAUUGUUUGCAUAAGCAUACAGAUUAAUUAUUUAAAUCGGGCCCUGGACAUAUUCAACACUUCUAUAGUGACACCAAUAUAUUAUGUGUUCUUCACAACAUCUGUUUUAACCUGUUCUGCGAUCCUCUUCAAGGAAUGGCAACACAUGGCAGCUGAUGACAUUAUUGGCACAUUUAGUGGCUUUAUCACUAUAAUAGUAGGGAUAUUUUUAUUGCAUGCCUUUAAGGAUGUCAAUUUUUCCCUAGCAACUUUGCCUGUGACAUUGCAUAAAGAUGACAAAGGAAUAAAUGGCUGUCUGCCAAACACAUACGAACUAUUUAAUCACGAUGAAGAAAGUGCAACCCACAUAAGUGAUCUACAAUCCCCUGAUGGAAUAUCUUCUAGGAGAAAUGGAAACCUGUCAUCCUCCUAAAAAGACCAAUUCUGUAACUUUUGUUUCCUUGUGAAAAGCCAGUUUUAAAGCAUUUUUCAAACAGAUGUAUUUAAAUAGUACUAUAGACAAUCAUUUUUUUUUUUAGGUUUGACUAGCUUGGACCAAGAGCAGUGGUGGAUUUUUAUUUGCCUUACUCUAACUUUAAAAAUACUAAAGAACCUCACUCUGUUUUUUGCUUAACUUAGUAUGAACAUGUAAAUAUUCCAUUUUGGUUUAAGACCCUUGCACUAAUGACAAUUUUAACAAAUAAAAUGCUUUAUUUCUGAUGAA